AUGGAGAGCUCGGUGUCGUCUUACCCAGAGCUGAAAUCGCCUCAGGCAACGGUCUCCAGUCGUGGGUCCAGCGGCACACGAAUUCUCACAGAAGCAGAAUGCUCGGAGCAAUUGGGCUACUCCUUCUCGACGACAAAGAAGUGGCUCAUUCUCACUGUCGCCUUUUGGGUUCAAAUCUCCAUGAACUUCAAUGCCUCCGUCUACAACAAUGCCACCUCUGGUAUGCAGGCUGAAUUUGGAGUCAAGGAAAUCUACGCCAAGCUUGGAUCGGCGCUCUUCCUUAUCAUGUACGCCUUUGGCUGCGAACUGUGGGCUCCAUGGUCCGAGGAGCUUGGCCGCCAUUGUGUCAUGCAGGCCAGCAUGGGUCUUGUCAACAUCUGGCAACUGCCUGUUGCUCUGGCGCCGAACAUGGCCUCCGUCAUUGCUGGGCGUGUGCUGGGCGGUCUGUCUACAGCCGGCGGCUCUGUUACUCUCGGUAUGGUUGCCGACAUGUGGGAUGCUGACUCUCAGCAAUACGCUGUGGCCUACGUCGUCUUCUCCUCCGUCGCCGGGUCGAUCAUGGGACCUAUCGUCGGCGGCUUCCUCGAGACACAUUUCAAUUGGAGAUGGUGCAUCUGGGCGCAGAUCAUUCUGGGAUUGGCCGUUCAGUUGGCGCACUGGUUCACCCCCGAGACUCGGUCGACGGUCAUCGUCAACAAGAUUGCCAAGCAACGCCGCAAGGCCAACCCAGCGGACGAUGUCUGGGGCCCCAGCGAGGACAAAUCACUGAGAGACCGCUUUUCCUGGAAGCAGAUCCGCGAUGUCUGGAUGCGCGGCUUCAUUAUGCUUUUCACAGACCCCAUUGUGGCCUGCCUUUCGGCGCUAUCAGGAUUCGCGGAUGCACUGAUCUUCAUGUGCAUUCAUUCGUUUGGCAUUGUCUACGGCCACAUCUGGGGCUUCAAUGCUUGGCAAACCGGCCUCACGUUUGUUUCCAUUCUCGUCUCCUAUUUCUUCAGCUGGAUGCUCUUCAUCCCAAGCUUUGGGCGGAACAAGCGUCUGCGCACGGCUAAGCCGGAUGAUGAGCGUACGCAAUUCGAAUCUCGGUUGUGGCCCCUUCUCUGGCAAGGUCCUCUCCUCUGUCUCGGUCUGAUCGGGUUCGCCCUGACCCUCCGGUCCGACAUCCACUGGAUCGCCAGCCUGGUUUUUGCUGUGCUGGUCGGCAUGUCCAACUACGCCAUCUAUAUGGCGACCAUUGACUACAUGAUCUGUGCUUACGGACCGUACUCUGCCUCUGCCACCGGCGGGAACGGAUGGGCUAGAGAUAUCCUGGCUGGUAUCCUCGUCUUUGCUGCCAAGCCAUUCUUCACCGACAUUGGAAAUGACGAGGUGAAGAGCUACAUGUGGGCCGGUGUUAUACUGUUCUUGCUGUCAUUGCCUUUGGUGGGAUUUGUCUUUGUCAUUUACGUCAAGGGACCGGCGUUGAGGAAGAGGAGCACUUUUGCGCAGGGCCUAGAAGACUCGCGGCUAGCAAUGGCGGGAGCGCCUGUUGGUCAUGGUGUCGUGGCCUAG